AUGUUCUCCGCCUGCGUCCUGGUGUGGAUCUCUGUUCCCGCUCUAUAUGGGAAUGUCCAGGUUGAAGGACACACUGAAAGCGUCGCUGCUCAUCCUGCUUUUCUUGAGAAGGUCAGAAGUGAGCAGGAGCUUGAGGACUGGUUCAUUGACGACGCGAGCCUCCAGCCAUCAAACCAGCAGGCUAAAAGACAUCUGGGUUUUAAAACCGGAAAACUGAGGAAGAUGUUCGGCUGGGGAGACUUCCACUGCAGCAUCAAGUCUGCAUCCUUGGACCUUCUCAUCAAAGGGAAGAUCGUGGACCACGGAAAUGGAACCUUCAGCAUCCACUUCCUGUGUAACAGCACCGGCGUCGGGAACGUCACCAUCGGAUUAGCGCCAUCCACCAAGAUGGUGGAGUUCGGAUUGAUGCAGCAAGAGGUGAAGGAAUCUGUGGAGUCGAAGCUGUUCAACUGCAGGGUGGAGUCGGAGAGGGUGGAGCAGAGCAAGAGGGGCAUGCGGUGCAACUAUGACACGUCAAAGAGCUGCAUGCAUGAGCAGAUCCACAGUCACAUCUCAUGGCUGUGCGCCAAGCCCUUCAAGGUCAUCUGCGUGUACGUGUCCUUCCUCAGCGUUGACUACAAACUGCUGCAGAAAGUCUGUCCGGAUUAUAACUACCACAGCGAUGCUCCGUAUUUCCGUUCUGGAUGA